AUGCUGCUGCUUGACUACCAGAAUAUCUUGAUUCAAUCUGUUCUUACAGAACGUUUAUCCGGGGCAUCUCUAGCUAGUAUUGACCAAAUUGUCUCGGAUUUCGACGGAGUUACCUUCCAUGUUUCCACACAGGACUCGAAAUCAAAAAUCCUGGUUUCAAUUCAAGUAUCAUGCUUCGAUGAGCUACUCGAGUACGGUGCGCAGCAAGUUCUAGAGAGGGAAUAUGGAUCUUUGGUUGUAGCUCCAGAGACUGGAUAUAAUUUCUCUAUUCAAAUUGACCUUGGGAACAUUCCCGAAGAAAAAGACGCAAGGGAUGAAUUGAUUCGAAAAAUAUCUCUUUUGAAACGUAACGCAAUGGCCGCACCUUUUGAACACGCAUUUGAUGAACAUUACAGGCUGGCCGAGGAAGCAUCAAAAUUCACAUCAGAAGAAGCACCGCAAGGAAUCAAGGAAGGUGGUGCUAUAAAAUCUAUCCAUUACCGAGAUGAAGAGGCAAUUUAUAUUAAAGCUAGUUAUGAUCGAGUCACAGUAAUUUUUAGUACCUUAUUCCGUGAAGAGACCGAUCGAGUCUUUGGAAAAGUAUUUAUUCAGGAAUUUGUGGAUGCAAGGAGAAGGGCUAUCCAGAAUGCCCCACAGGUUCUAUUUAGAACUGAUCCCCCACUUGAACUCCAAGGUGUACCAGGCUUCAAAGAUAAUGGAAAUGGAGAAAUUGGAUACGUUACCUUUGUUCUCUUUCCUAGGCACUUGACUAGGCAACGACGAGAAGAAGUUAUCUCUCAUAUUCAGACUUUCCGUGACUAUUUUCAUUACCACAUCAAAGCCUCUAAAGCUUACAUCCACACCAGGAUGCGAAGACGCACUGCCGAUUUCCUCCAAGUUCUCAGAAGGGCCCGCCCAGAAAACGAAGAAAAAGAGAAAAAGACUGCCAGUGGUCGUUCAUUUCGGGUUCAGGGCGUUUAG